GGGGCAAAGCGCGGCCCCGCGAGCAGUUGCGGCGGGAGAGCCGCGGGCCGAGAGCGUGACUCGCCCGCUCCGGCGCUGCCUGCUUCCCAGCCGCCGCCUCCCGCCGCCGCGCGCAGCCAUGUCCGAGGAGAAGCCCAAGGAGGGCGUGAAGACAGAGAACGACCACAUCAACCUGAAGGUGGCCGGGCAGGACGGCUCCGUGGUCCAGUUCAAAAUCAAGAGACACACCCCGCUGAGCAAGCUGAUGAAGGCGUACUGCGAGAGGCAGGGCUUGUCAAUGAGACAGAUUAGAUUCAGGUUUGAUGGGCAGCCAAUUAACGAAACAGACACCCCCGCACAGCUGGAGAUGGAGGACGAAGACACCAUCGACGUGUUCCAGCAGCAGACGGGGGGCUCGUGGCAGAGCGGCUGUCUCUGUCCCCUCCGUGUCGUCCCUGCAUCUGCUGAAGAGUGAACAAGUGACCAUACCCAUCACCACGGAGUCUGCGGAAACCUGGGGACAGUCACCAAAAUUACUUCCCUCUCUUUGACAUUUUGUGAGGGCAACUCAGAACUCUGGUCUGCAGGGGGGAGCCUGCAGCUGGAAGCGGGCCAGUCACACUUGUCUUUGUUGGGGUGAAGUGAGUUGUGAGGGGUUUCGGGUUUGUUUUUGCUUUCAUUUUUGUUUUUUCUCCCCUCUAACUUUG